AUGUUACCAACUGAGUCAAAGAAGGCCUUGUCUUUCAAAAGGUAUAUUGAAGAUGGCGACUUGGUUAUCGUAUACGAAAGACACGAUGUGAUGAAACCGGUUGUUGUAAGCAAAAACGGUGUGCUUCAGAACCGUUUUGGAGUGUAUAAACACUCGGAUUGGAUUGGGAAGCCAUUAGGGACGAAAGUAUUCAGCAACAAGGGUAAAUUUGUAUACCUGUUGGCUCCUACUCCUGAGCUAUGGACACUGGUUUUAAGCCACAGGACUCAGAUUCUUUACAUUGCGGAUAUUAGCUUUGUGGUAAUGUAUCUAGAAGUCGUGCCUGGCUGUGUUGUUCUUGAGUCAGGCACAGGAAGUGGUUCGCUUUCGACUACACUUGCUCGAGCUGUGGCUCCAACUGGACAUGUGUAUUCAUUUGAUUUCCACGAGCAACGAGCUGAAUCUGCAAGGGAAGAUUUUGAGAAGACGGGUAUUAGCAGUUUAGUAACUGUGGAGGUUAGAGACAUUCAAGGACAAGGGUUUCCUGAGAAACUAUCGGGUUUAGCUGAUUCGGUGUUUCUAGACCUUCCACAGCCUUGGCUCGCUGUUCCUUCUGCAGCAAAGAUGUUAAAGCAUGAUGGAGUUCUAUGCUCUUUCUCACCUUGCAUUGAGCAAGUCCAACGGACUUGUGAAGUCCUCAGAUCAGAUUUCAUAGAGAUAAGAACAUUUGAGGUGCUUCUAAGAACAUAUGAAGUGAAGGAAGUGAAAGUGGAUACUAGCAGUAUGGUCGGUGAGAGCCACGACGAGGACAAUGGAGGAUCGAGACCUUGCAAGAGAAAACACCGUUCAAAUGAAGAAGGCAACAUUUCACAGGACAACGACUCUUCUACAACUACUUCUGUCGUCAUGGCUCGGCCUUGUAGCGAGGCUAGAGGUCACACCGGUUACUUAACGUUCGCAAGACUCCAAUGUCUAUCUUAG